AGCAAUAAAUGCCCACGUGCUCGUCUCCAAUAGGCGGGAAUGGCGAGUGGAAUUAUCAGUGGGAAUUUCACCAGCUCAUGGCAAAUAUACAAUGCGGGAGUUGCGUGAAAAGCUCUUGGCCUGCAGUGACUCAGUCUUAUUCAGCUGGAUUUUCAUGAAAUUCUCCGUGCUUGCGUAGAUUAAGUUGACUGACUGGUUUAAGCGCCUUUAUCAAGCAGGUUUUUUUUGUCAACUUAAAAAAUGGGGCAAAUUAAUUAGAAGCAAUUUGUUUUUGAACUACCAAUUAAUAAUAGAGAAUUGCGUGUGUUUGAUUUAUCUUCAGAAAUACACAAAACUAACACUCUGUUCGUCAAUUGUUCGAUGUGAAGAAAAUGAGCGAAAAUCUUCUUCUCAACCGUGUUGCAUCCUAAAAGCUCGUGUGUUUGCGCAAUUGCCUUGCUUUGUGGAUCUAAUUUGUGGAGACUCAACAAUAAUAUCGAAUGACUGUUUAGCAAAUAGUUCCAACUCGUGUUUCUUUCAACGCCGCACACAUGAAAACUAACCCGAUCUGCAGGAGUUCUCCAAUGACUGUGAGGUGGAAAGUGCUGAAAAUGUGUUAAAAACACCUCGUCGUGCUGUAUUUUUUUGUUUUGCUUUAAUCUCUUGUCACGCCUCGAAAGUGAGUCGCAAAAUGAGUGGAAUGUGUAAGGAAAGCGCGUAGUGAUUUGCACGAAAGCACGCUGGGCAAAAAUAAGUUUUUCAUGAAAAAUUUCCUGUGGCACGAGAAUUUUCUUGCCAGCUGUUACGAAACAAUAGUUGAGUGCACAGUGUGUAUAUAUUGAAGGGUAUUGAGAACAUCUUUGGAGGAGGAAAGAAUACAGAAGAAAAAAAGAAAAAUUGUGUGUGCUGUAAUGGCAUUUUUCCCCGCAUAAUGCAGUGUUUCUGAAACAGUAACUUUGGUGGAAGGCAGCAUUGAACAAGUGUGACAGUAUUAAUUUUGUAUUUGGCUGAUAAAGAUCGUGUGCAUUUGCUGGAGCUGUUUUAAAUGUCGCUUGUAGCACUCCUCGAACAGUUUAUUAUUCUGGCCAUUCUAUGCAAUUCAUCAACAGACUCAUCAUCAUCGUUUUACACGCAAAAACCGGAGGUCGUUGAUCUGGACUUUGAGAAGAAGUAUGGCAACAGCAUCGAUCUGCACCUUGUCGAGGAGGAGGAGCGGAACGACACUGCUUUGGAGGGUGAGGAGGAUCUGCUGGUGAAUGUGACGCCAUCGGGAGAUGAGGAGAUGAUCGUGCAGGUGAAUCUGAAGCCAACGCAGCCCUUUGAGAUGCCAGUGAUUAAUGGCGAGGAGAACAUAAUUCCGGUGUUCUCAGAGUGGACGCAGAAGCAGAUGGAGGAGGCGGAGAAGAAGCUGGAGAAGGAGAGCACGAAUUCGUCGACGAUGAAGAAGAAUGCCACGGAUCAGGGACCGUCGCUCAAAGUGAAAGUACGUGCCAAAAAUUAUGCAUCACCAGAUUGUGGUGCAAAGAUCAUCAUUGCCAAUCCGGAGGCUGAGAGUUCCAGCUCGGUUCUGUCGGCAUCCAAAGAUGAGUACCUGCUGAGUCCGUGCACCAGUAAAAUAUGGUUCGUGGUGGAGCUGUGUGAGGCCAUCAGAGCGGAGAAGAUUGAGCUGGCCAACUUUGAAUUGUACUCAUCAUCGCCCAAAGACUUUAGUAUUUCUGUGAGUAACAGAUUCCCAACGAGAGAGUGGCUGAAUGUUGGUCAAUUUACCGCCAAGGAUGAGCGAAAUGUGCAGAAGUACAAUCUUCAUCCGCUCGUGUUUGGCAAGUUUAUUCGGGUGGAGGUGAAUUCGCACUACAGCAAGGAGCACUUUUGUCCCAUAUCUUUAUUUCGCGUCUAUGGAACGUCAGAGUUUGAGGCUUUCGAGACGGAGAAUCAUCCAGAGAUUAUCGAUGGAGAUCUUCUGGAUGAUGACAGUGAUAUGGAAGUGCCGGAUAGUAAGCGAGGCGAUGCGAAGAAUAAUAUCUUCAAAUCUGCCAGCGAUGCUGUUUUGUCCAUUGUGAAGAAGGCCGCUGAAGUGCUUGGCAAAGGGGAUUCAUCUGCAAAUAGCAAUGCCACCGCAAAAACAUCAAGGCUCAACUCACCCACUGAAGAAUGUUUCACAUUCGCUUACCAGGUGAAUUGUGUCAAUUGCUCACCAGAAAUGCUGGAAAGAGUGACAAAUUUGCUGAAUUGCAAGCACUCUUUUCUGCUACAAUUGCUGCAAAUGCCGAGAAUCCGGGAAAUUGUCUAUGAAUCCAGAGAGUGUGAAAAGAUGAUUAACAUUAAUCUCACAGACAGCGUGAAGGAAGCUUAUUUAAAGCGAAUUUCCUACUUUUCCCACCUUCUUCCCACGGGAUACUUAACAGCCUUGUGCAACUUGGCAGCUGCUGUGGAGAAUCACAUGGGAUUGAAUCCUAAUCUCAAUAUUUGGAAUGAUUCAGUGGCUAGUGUGGUUCCAGAGACAGAAAAGUCUCUGACGGGCUUUGAGAAAUUCGAUAAGAAUGGCGAGAAGAUCAAAGUAGUUCCACUGGAGCAGGAGAAAUACCCACAGAACACAUCGACAGAGGAGAACAAGUCUCAGAGAGAUGAUAAGCAGCAAAAGAAUGCGCAGAAGUUGAAGAAUGGCAAGGAAGGGAAGAAAAUUCCGCACGAAAGCAAAAAGGCAGCGAAGAAUGAAUCUCCACAGACUGAGAAUGGGAAAGGUCAUCCGCCUGUCCAGGAGGAUGUUGCUGUGAUUGAGAACCAUGUGAAGGUGCCGGUAGAUGAGGAGGCUCAAAAAGACACUCAGAGUGGUGGAAAUCUAGUCGAAAGUCAAGCAAUUGAGGAGGAUUCAUCGUCACAAACCCAUCAAAAUGCCACGGAGAAUAAUGUGGAGGAGAGUGAGCAAGUGGAGCCCAAGAUCAAUGCUCCUCAAGUGCCGGCUCAGCAGGAGGCGGCAAAGGAUGCCCCCAAUGGAGCCACACAGGAGGUUCCAGUGAAUAAUGAGGCCAACAAUAAUCUCCCAACAGCACAACAAUCGUCAGCUCACAGCGAGAGUGUCUUUCUCAGGCUCUCCAAUCGCAUUAAGGCCCUUGAGCGUAACAUGUCUCUGUCUGGGCAGUACUUGGAGGAGUUGUCGAAGAGAUACAAGAAGCAAGUGGAGGAACUGCAGUCGUCUUUCGCAAAAGCUCUGUUGUCCAUUGAGGAGCAAAGUCGGCGCUUCGACGAGAAGAAGGAGUUCAUGUUGAUGCAACACGAGGCACUGCGUGAACAAUGUGAGGACAUCAUGGACAAGAUCUGCAAGUUCUGCUUCGUCUUUGGUGUCAGCUUCACGUGCCUGCAGAUCCUCAUCAUCUACUUAUACUCCAGGGCGUAUCAGCGCAUCAGCCGACGAUGCAAGAUGCUCAUGGAUUGCGUUCGGAGAUCUCAAGCAACUGCCAAUGACAGCGUUGAGGGGGAAGAGAAGAUCAGCAGUCAAGGGGAGGCGCAGAACACUGCUGAGGACAGCGGAAAGGUGGCCAAGUGUGGUGGAGUGACGGAGAUCAAGGAGGAGAACGAGGAGAGUGCGAAUGAAUGUGCGGAGGAAGUCAGCGGCUCAAUCGCGAGUGGACUGAGUGGGAAGAUGAGCGAGAACGACGUGCCGAUUGAGGAUUUGAACAGCAGUGAGCUGGAGUUGAGUGGCGAGGGGCUGGAAAAGAGUCUCUCGAAUCACGUUGAAUCCCCUUCGCGGGGCAGCGAGAAGGGCAGAAGCAGCUUUCCGCUGAGGGAGAGCAUCGCCAGACGUCUCUCGUCGCCGGUGCUCUUCAAGACGUCCCGCAACAAGAGCCAACAUUCCAAUUCAACGCCCAAAUCCAAAGACAAGAGACAAAAUACCAGUGAGAAUCACAGGCUCAAGCCGAAGGCCAACUCUACGAGUCCGGAAAUCCUGGCGCGCGUCUCUGCAGACUGCCAAGAGGGUUCUGGCCUGACGCGUCCCGUGGAUGAGCCGCUGAUUAAGAAGACAGGUAGUUUUCGGCGAAUACUGAAGAAAGUAUUCUAAGUACGCUUAUACUCAAAAGAAAUGAUCGUUGUUGAAAAUGAAUUAAGCAAAAUUGCGAGUGUUUUAGGCAAAAAAAAAACAUAUUUGUUAAUUUUCUUUUAAGAGCGAAUUUUAAAGCUAUCGUUUGCGACCUGCAGCGUCUUUCUUUUGUAUUCACCGCCAGUGAGAGUUUUUACUUUAUAUAAUUCAUAACGAUUAUAAUCUUCUCAUGAAUAAUCUCAUUAGUAUUCUUUCACUUCUCGCCCUGAGAAGUGGCAAGAAUGUGUUCAUUUUUGUGACUGAGAGAACAAAGUGGAAGGAGUUCAAUUAAUUAUUUAUUUUAGAUGAGCAAGAAUCGCGUAAAUGUUGAAAGCUUAGGUAUAUUAUUGUUUUCCUUUCGUCAAAAUGUUGAUUGUAAGUUUAUUUAAUCUAGUCUUACAGUUAAUGAUAGACAUUUGUAAGAAAAAGUGAGAAAUCACUUCUUUCAUAAAAACGCCAAUAAAUUGUGGGUAAAAAUUGA